ACCUUCAAUUAUCCCUCCCCCUUAGCGAUGUGGUCAAGGUGCUAGAUCCAGAAGUAGCAUUUAGAGUAGGGAAAGCCUUAAAAGUUUGUUUCUAAAAUUAGUAAUGUAGUUGUGCCAUUUUGAUCAGGUGUUAGUGAGGAAAUUGUGCUAGGUUGACUACAGAUGUAGGCCUGUUUCCCCGUGCUCAGGGUGUGACAGCAGAGUGGAGUGAAAAGAACAGGCUGCUGAACUUGAUGUCAUUGACUUUGCCACCGAGUAGUGUGUCACUGUGGCAGGUCUUCACACUUGGUUUACCAGGCUCGAAUUUCAAACGGGGUGGGGUGCGGGAGAGCUUGAAUUAGAGUAGCACGCCUCCCAGUUGCGAAGACUGUUUCUAAGUCUGGAUUUCCUUGGUAAUGUGAGGCUUCAUGUAAAGCCUCCUUCCACCUAGUGAUUAUGGCUUCUAGUAACCUGGAGCUGCACACAUGAGGUGCUUGCCAUCUUUGAGGCCGAGGGCUUAGUUUAGAAUGUCCUUUAGCACCAUUUACAUGAGCUGGAGUCUGUCACCCGUUAGAGCAGCGCUAACGUGUGAGUGUGUUAGUGCAGAAAUGUUAUCUUAGCCGCAGCCUUAUACGUUUACUUAGGUAUUAUAUUCAUUUGUUUGACUUUUUUUGCAGUGUAAAACUUUUCUUCUGCAGUUCACAGCAUUAACAAAUGGAUGCGGUUUUCACCCCUAAAACAUGAGUGUAAGCUGUAGAGAGCUCUAACAACCAAAAUAACUGAUAAAAUUUUACUGUGACUUCAUGAGUAAUUCAUAAAAAAUAUUCAACUAGAAACCACUUUAUAUUCUAACAGGAAAUAUGAAAAUUGAGACUUCGGAUGAAAUGAGACCCACAAGGUUUAGUUUAACCCUUUGGUUUCCAUUACGAUGAAUUUUUGAACAUAGGUCCUGAGGAGCCAAACCAUGUGUCGGCUCCCGUAGGCAUGUCUGUCCAGAGCUCAGCUUAGUCACUGUCUCGGCUUCUGGUUCCUCUUUACUGGGAAAUUUGGCCAUUAGUUUGGCCUUGGAUGUUAAUGUUAUAAAUAUGGCCUGUGUUGUCCAAGCAUAGUAGCACAUGGCAGGAAUCCAAGCACUCAGGAGGCUGAGACAGGAAUAGACCUUUGAGACCCCCCUGAGUUAACAUUGUUAGACCCUAUCUCAAAAACAAAAUGGAUGGCAUGUAUUAGCUGCUACAUUUUAAGGACCCUUAUAACUUUAUAUUUAGCUGUGAUGUAAGGUAAUGUAAAAACAACCUGAUAAUGUGAAUGUAUUAUAUAAUCUUGAAACAUUUAAGAUUGAUUCUCAUUGUUUUAAAGUUGUAGAAUCAGUUUUAUUCUCUGUAUUUAUAUUUAAAGACUUAGACCAUUAAUAACAAGCUUUGAUUAUAAAUACAGUCCUAUAUAACAAUUGAUAAAAUUAUUUAAUUAUCAUUUAUGGAAAUAAUGGACAAUUAAAGUUGGGGGUUUAAAAAUAGCGCUUUUUUUUUUCUAAAUUAUACUUUAAUUGGUCCUGAACAUUCUAUUACAAAGAUACUAGUUUUAAUUUUAAUGGGUAGCUUGAUCCGAUGAGCCAUAAAUAAAUAUCUGUCACUAUUUCCUUUCUUUUUUUUUUUUUUUUCUUUUAAGUAGGUAUCUUAAAAUAUGAGUAUCUUUUAUUUACAAUUCUGUCCUUGGUUACAGGACCUCAAGUGUCUCUUUUCUACCAGGUGUGGCUGAGCAUGGCCUCGAGUGCCAGUCUGUCCCCCAUCUCAGUACAGGAGCCACCCCCUCGAGACCCUGCACUAUGGUGACUGCCCUGGACUGAGCUUUCACAAUUUUUUGGAAAGAACAUUUAGUGUGAACUACCUAGGCAAAAGCAAUACUUAAAAUUAGAAGUCUUUGGCCUGGAUUUAGAACACAAGUAGUCAUUAUUGCUGUUGUGUAUGUGGUUAUUCAGUUUAUCAUCUAGGGAAAAUGUUGGAUUUUCCAGUAAGCUAAACUAAAAGCUGCUUCUUGGUGUCUUUUAUAAUUUAUCCUGUUUAGUCUGUCUGUAAGCAGUUUGACUCUCCCAAGUAGUAGCGCCUAGGUCUGUGUCCCUGUACUGCUGCUUACAUGGCCAGAUGUCCCAGCACACAGCAGGUCUUCUUGCCCCUAAGACCAGGGGUUUAGCAUUAGUUUGCUUCUUUAAAAUCACUUACUAUAUUUUCCGUUUCAGAAUGGGUCAGAUUUUGAAUUCCUUUUAUAAUCUAUAAUAUUUAGAUUAAAAAAUUUCCUUCUCCUGUGAAUAGGUUAAAAGCUACCUCAUACUGCUAUUUUUAAAUUAAUGAUUUUGCUCUUAAUUCCUACUCUGCUUUUUAUAUAUCUGCUACAUUAAAGUGGCCAAAGACUAAAGUUGUGCUUUUUUCGGUCAUCAGGUAGAUGAUGAGGGUAGCUGCUAAGUGUAUGGCUAGAAGGGUUUGUUCUGUGACUGACUUGUUAAUGUAGGUUGCAACUGUAAGAUAACACAUUUCAGCAGCUGUGCAUCGUAUUAAUUUUCUAGCACCACACGUGAGUAUGCUAAUGGACUUUUGUUUUCUUCUCUUAAUUUAAAUCUUGAGUUUUGGUGCCAAGUUAUCUUUCCACAUGAGCUUCUGCUUCCGGCUUACAUGGUAGUUGUCAGUACUUGCCACUGUUGACACCUAAAGUCCAGAUACACAGGAUCAAAUCUCAGCUCUGUGGGUAUGCGGAAUGCUUGUGAACUUAAAGGAGCUCAGCUCAGCAUGUUGAACUGUGGUGGUUCUCGGCUUCUUCACCUGUGCUGGCUGCUGACAUUACUCUUAGCGUUUGGGUGGAAGAAGGCAUGUCCCAACACAGGAAGAGCUACCCGAUUUCUUUUGCUAAGAGACUUAACAAGAUCAGGUUGAGUCUUAAUGUGAUUUUGCAAAAAGACAAACAUUUGCUAUGUUAAAUGUUUAAAACCCUCUUAUCACUAACGUCUGUUAAUUACUAAGAGCAGAUUCUGAGCCUUGGGUUAGCUUUGCUUUUAGCAUUUUAGAUAACUAUACUUUCUUGAGGGAACGAAUGCUUCCAAGGCUGCCCGAUACUAAAACAUUAUUUCCUUAUUCCUCUGGAAAGAAUCAAGACGUUCACGCAGGCAUAUUUGCACUUUCUUCUGAAUCAGUCUCAUAUGAUGUGGAAGGCAGGGCUGAUACCAGUCUCCUCCCUCUGGAGAGCAUGACUUCAUUAGAAAUUGUGUGUUUUAUCGUAGAUCUGGUAGGGUACCUUUGAAAUAAUUACUGUUAACCCAAGAGCAGCCUUUUUGCCUGCUGCUCACUAGACAGCUGAAAAAGCAGCGAUGGGCUGAGAUCAGCCCAUCUGCGGCACACUGUAUGUGGGCUCCUUCACCUCCGCCAUCACUAAGUGAGCAGCCCAUCACUGAGGUGGGCUCAGUCAUCUGUCUGUGACAGAACUCUAAACGUGACAGUAGGCCACAGCUCCAGGCUGCGGUGAGGCUGUUAGGUUUCUGUGGAUUUGGUUCACCUGGUCUCUGCCUAGAGGCAGGGCUAUCACUAGUACAAUCACAUAUCAUGAUAUAACUUUUUUCUGGGCAAAACCAAGAUUUACUGUGUUAGUUAUUCACUUCCGAUGUUAGUGGUUAAGUCAGUUCCGUGUGUUCAUCUUUCAGAACAGAUGUCUCAGCAUCAUGACUGAAUGAGUCUGAUGCUUUAGUACUCUGCAACCUCACAUGCUUGCCCCUUUUCUGAUUGUCCCUACCACAGAUUCUUUGGUCUUGCUGUUGCUUUUUCCUCCUCUAUCCAGGAACUGCAGGAUAGAGGCAGCUGAGUAGGUCUGGAACAGUCAGUGUGUAACAGGGCUUCAGAGAGAGUGGACAGACUUUACGUAUCACUAUACAAAUUACUUUAUUAAUAACUUAGAUAAGUUGAUUUCACUAUUUCUUUAACUGUUGCUGUUACAUUAAAUUGGUGUUUUCAAAACAAACCUACAAUUUCCAGAUACCAGUGUUUCUGCUAAUUUGCACUGGAACGUGCUAAAUAUCAUGACUGUGGCUCACUUGCAAUGCUACGUGUCCUCAGCAAUGUUGAACCUGAAACGAAAACUUGGCACCAAACUUAUUCAGGUGGAAACUUUUUAAAAAUAGUUUCUUCCUUUUGUUAACUGAAGAGUGCAUUUAUGAAAGUCUUCAUGAUUAUAUGUUUGGAUACCAAAGGGUUAAAAAUACACCUGUAUUUCUUUUACUGCAAUAACAGAUGUUUGCUAAUGUUUUGUUUGUACAAAUGGACGUUUAGUAAAUGUUUUUUAUUUUUUUAUCUUUUUUUAAUGAUUCCAUUUAUUUGCUUAUUUCCAUCUAGGAAUAGUUACUAAUGUAUUUGCGAUACAGCAUACCAAAUUUUAAAGUAACGAGAAUCGUGAGUUGAUGGUUUUUAGUCCAUACUGUUAAACUUUUGUUGAAAUAUUGACAUACGUUGGCUUCAUGCUAAAGUUACUGGAUAUAACUGUUAAAGACGGCACGAAAGCGGUCAAGGUGGUCACACACCAGUGGCCCAGCUCUGACUGCUCCUGCACCUCAUGUGUGUGUAUGUAUUUUUAAUCCAGUCUUGCCUGCAAAUGUGAUCCCUUAUGAUUGACGUUUCCUGUGUAUGAACCAUGCCCGUUUUAAGUCACACAGAAGAUUCUAAAUCUGUAAAAACUACACAUGUCAAUGUUUUACAGCUACGUAAUUCGAAUUGACUUGGUUUUUUUCAAGUAAUCCUAGAAAGGGGGAGCAUUCACAUAGAAACUGCUGAAACUGCCACAGGUGCUUCUCCGAAACCUUACGGUUGUGGCAUUGAAUGCUCAGUAUGGCUUCCCUUCUGCACACAAGCAUACUGUUGAGCCUGAGAAAUGCCAGUGGCCUGACGCCAGCAGACAUUGCACAAACCCAAGGUUUCCAAGAGUGCACCCAGUUUCUCUUGAGCCUCCAGAGCCAUCAAAUGAGCGGUUACUGCCCUAAUGGCGCCUUGAAUGGAGGUCAUGAGAGCAUACUUCCCAAUCACAUUAGCCUGGGAACAAACCGAAAGAGAUGCUUGGAAGACUCAGAAUCUUUGGGAGUGAAGAAAGCUAGAACUGGAGUUGCAAGCCUGGAUCACAGCAUGCCACUAGCGAAUGGUGAGGCUGAAGACGACGCUGACAGAAUGCAUGUUGACAGGGAGUUUGCUGCUGUAUCAGAUGUGAGAAACGGUAGCUCCGUGUUGAAUACAUUGACAAACGGAAGUGUCAUCAAUGGACAUUUGGACUUCCCCUGCGUGGCCCAACUCAAUGGGAUGGAGAGCAGGAGUAACCCGUGCUUAACAGGAUCUAAUGGACUUAGCAAUGGACAGCCAUUUCCCAGUGGCCAGGGUUCUGUCUAUGCGAAUGAGACUGAGGAGCCAGAAAAGACCACAGGUGUUAACCCUGAGAUGUGUGGGUCUCUGCAUCUGAAUGGGAGCCCAAGUAGCUGUGUGGCCAGCAGGCCGUCCUGGGUGGGGGACGUUGGGGAGAGCUUGCACUAUGGACACUACCAUGGCUUCGGGGACACUGCCGAGAGCAUCCCUGAGCUGAGCAGCGUGCUUGAGCACUCAAGCUGUGUGCGGGUGGAGCAGCGCUACGACAGUGCUGUCCUGGGCGCCAUGCAGCUGCACCAUGGCUCCUGAGCCCAGGGGACCCCAGCCCCACUGCAGCUUGGCGGAGCUGCGCAGCCUGUGCUGUUGGUGCCUCAGCUUUCUGGGGAAGUACUUGGGUUCGUUCACACAGUUCCUCGUGAGUACUGCCGUGCAGAGGCCGUCCAGGGCACAGCCGUUCUCAUAGGGUGGCAGCUCCCCUGCAAGAUGCACUCUGGAGCUCUCCUGUCUGACACCAGCCUCUUUUUUUUUUCCUUUGUCAUGAGACAUUGCCAUCUUUCUGUGAAUUCUGUUUGCUCAGAACGAUUUCCUUAGUAAAUGAGGGUCCUGGUGACACGUGGGCAUCAUUUCAAACCGCUCACCUUUCCUGUUUGCCGUAGUGCUCAUGACAGCACAGCUAUUUCCUGUGCAAGGAGCGCCCUUCCAGCAGUGUCCUGCAGUGACCCUGGGAAGAGGGCUGUCCUUUCGUGUGUUCACUGCUGCAGGUGCAUUCAGUGGUCGGGGGAGAUAGUCCCCUUCUCUGUGUUCGCACUGCCUGUUCCCUUAGAAGCAAGCUCUGCCCAAGAUGGAUUAGGGUUUGUUGUGUUUUUACUCCACAUUUCUACUUGGUCUCUAGACUUUUUACCACAGACAAUGGUUUUCUUUAUAUAUAGUGGAAGUUGCUGUUUGUAGAACUGUCGGGUCAGAAUAUUUUAUUAUGGUGACCUAUUUUUUUGUUACUGUUUUUUGAGGUUUUCUGCUUAAAUAUGUAUGCCACUAUAUAUCCAGUUAACUGAGAGAACUUUAGAUUUCUCUUAUUAAAAUGCAUUAAAUUUAUGGUUUUAUAGAAAUUAGCUUUUGUUUAGGCAACUAGUGGUUACACUGCAAAUACCGCAAUGACUUCUGGUUUUUGUAAUAACAAUUGGUGCAAAUAAACUGUGAGAUGAAGAAGCCAGUGUUUUAAGAGUGUACUAGCAUUUUGUUUUUUAAACUGUUCUUUACGAAUUGAAUUAAAAAACCUCACUGCUGA